AUGGACGUUAAGACUAGUAUGGAUAUGAACUCCUCCUUUCCUGGUGCUCCGUCUAACGGCAUCUCUGCUGCCAGUCCAAUGGCUUUUCAAAACGGAACCCCACCCGCCACCGACAUGUCGGCUGUGCCUCCUCCCGCUGGUCCUACUCAGGAUCAGGCCAAAACCACCCUGUGGAUGGGAGAGCUCGAGCCCUGGAUGGACGAAAACUUCAUCAAAGGCGUCUUCCUUUCUUCCGCUGGCGAAACCGUCAACGUCAAGGUGAUUCGCGACAAGAACUCGGGCAACGCCGGAUACUGCUUCGUCGAAUUCGCAACCCCCGACGCCGCCACCAAGGCGCUUGGCCUCAACGGAACGCCUGUCCCCAACAGCUCGCGCCAGUUCAAGCUGAACUGGGCGUCUGGCGGCGGUCUGGUUGACCGACGCCUUGCCCUCCCUUUGCUCGCCCCCUUGCGCAAGUACCAGCCAGUACCUCUGCUUGUACCUCCCCCCACUGCAUCUUCUCCUGUACCUGCCCGCGACGAUCGCGGCCCCGAGUAUAGCAUCUUCGUCGGUGAUCUCGGUCCCGAGGUCAACGAGUAUGUCCUGGUCUCUCUCUUCCAGGCUCGCUUCCCUUCGUGCAAGUCGGCCAAGAUCAUGACGGACGCCAUGUCUGGCCAGAGCCGCGGCUACGGCUUCGUGCGCUUCUCCGAUGAAAACGAUCAACAGCGUGCCCUCGUUGAAAUGCAGGGAGUCUACUGCGGCAACCGUCCUAUGAGGAUCUCGACUGCCACCCCCAAGAAUCGCGGCAACCACGGCUUUGGUCACGGACACCAAGGCGGUCCGAUGAUGGGCGGCGGUAUGCCUCAACAGCAAAUGUGGGGAGGAGUGCAAGGAUUCCCCUACGGCGGCAAUGCCGGUGCUGGUGGCGGUUUCAACCCAGCUACUCAGAUGAACCAGUUCACCGACCCCAACAACACAACUGUUUUCGUCGGCGGCCUCUCGGGCUAUGUCACGGAGGACGAGCUUCGAUCUUUCUUCCAGGGAUUCGGAGAAAUCACCUACGUCAAGAUCCCUCCUGGCAAGGGCUGCGGAUUCGUCCAGUUUGUCCACCGCCACGCCGCCGAGAUGGCCAUCAACCAGAUGCAGGGCUACCCCAUUGGCAACUCUCGAGUCCGACUCAGCUGGGGCCGAUCUCAGAACAACUCUGGAGUCGGCACUCCCUACCGCCCUGCUCCUCCUCCGCCUCACUACAUGGGCAUGCCUGGUCCUGCCCACGGCGGUCCCGGUCCUAACCCGUACGGUGGCCCUCACCACUUUGGCGGUCCUGCUCCGGGCCCCCAAGGUCCCUCAGGACCCCCAGGUCCCGCCGUCCCCCCUCAGGUAGGAAAUUGA